CAAGAUGCCCGAUGGGACAUUGAGGGACCGCAACAGCUUUAUAUUGCGUUUUGUCCAAGCAUAUCAGUCGACGCCUAUUAUCAGGAUAGAUAAUUGCAGAUUAUUGAAGGUUCAAUACACUUCAGGCAAGAUGGCGUCGCAACUGCUUCCUUUGGAGUUGAUUGACAAGUGUGUCGGCUCAAGAAUCUGGGUUGUUAUGAAGGGUGACAAGGAGUUCUCUGGGACAUUGCUCGGAUUCGAUGACUACGUCAACAUGGUGCUGGAAGAUGUGACUGAAUUUGAUUACGCCGGUGGCAAAUCCCAGCUUCCCAAGAUCUUGCUGAACGGGAACAAUAUCUGCAUGUUGAUCCCCGGAGGAGAAGGGCCAGGCGCCUAAAGUCAUGU